AUGGCUGGCUUUAAUCUUCUUAGCCAAGGUAAUCAGACCACGCAACAACCUCCUUCUUUCUCAUCGUUCUCAUCGCCUGGACUCAAUACGUCGGCAACUUUCGGAGCUGGUUCAGCUCAACAAAAUUUAUCAUUUGGUUCUUCCAUAACCUCCGGGACUUCCUUAUUUGGAUCACCUAAUGUUACUGUAUCUCAAGCCAACUUAUCAUUUAGCGGUGCAGUGACGGGCAGCCCAGCAACUGAUGCUGCUAAGACAGGUUUUGGAUUUUCUCCUGCCACUGGUGCCGGAGGGACGUUAUCAUUUGGUACUGUCGGUUCAAACCAGCCUGCUUUUGGCGCAAGCAAUGCUGCUCAGCCAACGUUUGGUGCUGCGCAGCCAACUUUUGGCGCCGCAGCUUCUGGUCAGCCCUCGUUCGGUGGAAUAGCGACAGGACAAUCAACAUUUUCUGCAUCAACGACUGGACCACAAUCUUUUGGUGGAGCACCUGCUGCACCUUUAUCUGUAGCCGCUGUUGCACCACCAACUUUUGGCGGAGCCGCUGCUGUUCAACCCACUUUUGGUGGAGCUGCUACUGUUCAACCAGCUUUCGGUGGAGCUGCUACUGUUCAACCUGCUUUCGGUGGAGCUGCUACUGUUCAACCAGCUUUCGGCGGAGCUGCUACUGUUCAACCAACUUUUAGUGCAGCUGCUACCGCACCAUCUACUUUUGGCGGAGCGGCUGCUUCUCAAUCAGCUUUUAGUACAGCUGCGCAGCCAUCCUUUGGUGCAGCUGCUGCCACUGCUCAACCAACAUUUGGUGGAAUUCCCUCUACCCCACAGCCAGCUUUUGGCGCAGUUUCAGCUCCAGCACAACCAACGUUUGGUCCGGGCACCCCCGCCCAACAGCCUGCUUUUGGCGCUGCUGUCACCAGUCAACCUUUAUCCUUUGCAGCGCCUUCCACGCAACAGUUGCCAAUUAGUGCAGCCUCUUCGCAACCGUUAUCGUUUAGUAGUUUGACUGCUGCUCCUACUCUGUCGUUUGCUGCACCAACUACAUCUGCUCCACCAUUAUUCGGCUCGUCAAGUCCUGCUAAAACACCAUUAUUUGCAUCGACCAGUGUUCCAUCCACGAUUUCUUUCAGCGCAACUACCCUGUCUGCGCCUAGUGCUACAUCUGCUGCACCUACCCUGUCAUUAGGCACUCCCAGUACCACUCAGUCAUUGACCUUUGGCACCACAACCGCAGCGCAGCCAUCAUUAUCAUUUGGAAAUGCAGUUAGUACUGCGCAACCGAUAUCGUUUGCUACUCCAGCCACCAUCCAAGCCUCCACAUCUGCUGCUCCAACCUUGUCGUUUGGCUCGACGAGUACUCAACCAUUAUUUGGCGCUGCAAGCACUACGCAGACUGCGCCCAAACCGGCUGAUGCCACCACCGCAUCCAGCCAGCCAGGAGGUUCAACUGCCACUUCAGCUACCGCAACGUCUUCGUUAUUUUCUGCA